AUGGCAUCUAAUACGGUCUUCCAGAUUAAUGGUCUUGUCAGAGAUCUCGAUUCUUCGGAAGACCCGCGGAGAUCGCUAUCCCACUUGGCCUACUAUUACCCCAAGGUGAGGAACGCAGCAAACGUGACGCUUCUGACAGACCAUCUCCUGUCCGGGUCUCUGUGGCAAAAUAGCGACUUUUUACAACUUUACCAGGUGCUGGAGUUCUUCAAAUACGCUUCGGAUACAAAGUUUCAAAUUUCGGUUCCAUCCUUGUCGUUCUACGAUUGGUACCAUUCGGUAACAAAAUCUCUGGUGUCCCAUUCGCAGCUCAGACCAGAUGCCAGCUGGAGAACCUUGCCUGUCUUAGCGGGACUUUUACUUUCAAUUGACUCGAGAAAAGAUCUUGACAUCUUUCCUCCAAAUUACAGAAGUAUCGACAAGCUGGACCUGAAGUUGAAACAUCUUUUCGAGAUUGAACUCAUCAAAUUCUAUGGCAGUUCAUUGGCAACCAAUCCUGUUCUCAACAAUCUUGCAAAUAUAUGUAUUGCAUGCAAUUUGGAAACCUUGCCGCCCUCGUUCUAUGCACGUCUCAACAAACAAAAACCAGAUUUAGCCAAUUGGGUAGUUCAACAAAUGUUCUGUUCAGAGUACGGACUGGACUCUCAGCUCUUUAUGCAUCCGUUGGACUCGAAAACUCCAGAAAUGAGACCGAAUGUGAAGCAUCUCAACAGACUGGCUUUGCUGAUAAGAAAACUUGUGGAAAAUAACGACGGAGAUGCUGCUUUGCUUCUCAAGAACAUGGACUUUUGUUUGAACAAAAUCCAAACCUACUCUGAAUGCCUACGUGAUGGCCCUUGGAACGAGACCUCGCUACUGAUUUUGAAAAAUGGUUAUUAUGCAACUAUACUGAUCACGGAAACGAUAUUCCACAAAUUUUUCACGCUGGAUGCCAGAAUUGCGACCACCCAUUUCCCCAGGUUUUCGAGAAAGAUACUAACCAUACUCUACUUCCAGAACUUUGUCCUCAACAGAAUUGGUGAUGGAGGGUUUGAGUCUUUCAACUUUGUGGUGGCGUGCUGUAUUGAUGGCUUAAAGCAAGACGCAGCGACUUCCAAACUUGUCCAACAAGUUUUCGACUCUAAUAUCGACUUUGGCAAAUUAGUUGCCCUGUCUGAAGUUGAGCAGGGAAAGCUUCUUUUUUCGCUUGAAACAACGGGAAAACUGAUCAAUCACGUUCCUGUAAACCAGCGGCUGAUUGCCCUCUCAAAUAUUGACGGAAUACUAGAGGAGAAAACAUUCCAGUUUACAAACUUUGAGUUCUGGAAGCCUGUGGUGGAAGCAUGCCAUUCAGUCAAACUCAUUUUCUACAACAUCGUUUUCCAGCCUCAGGUUUGUGACCAGGACAUUCAAGUGAUUAUGUCCACAAUUAUACCAUAUUCGCAGUUGUUGGUUUCUCACUUCCCGAAGUUGUUGUCUAUGGACCAGCUCCAGAUAGGACUGAUCAAUCUGGCUACAUGUGUUUCCCCCAGUUCUAUCGUAUACGAUUGUGAUCCAAGCUAUAGCAAGCUCCUCACCAAUCUCUUCUUCAACAAGUGUGCUAGUCUUCCGCAAUCCCAGAUCAGGGUUGAUUUUAUCUCGGCUUUCAUAUCCAUCAUACCCUUGGUUCCUGUCGAAUGUUUGACCAAAUGGAUAGAGAUCACUCUACGCGAGUUGAUUUUCAAGUCAGACUCCAAAGCUUGGAGAAGGCAGCUAGUGGAACGCCUCUGGGAGGAAAUACUGAAUUGCAACAAAGUGGAUACACAAAAGGGUCAGGUUGGAAUAACGUGGUGGUAUGACAAUGUCAACAGCAAAGAUGUGCUAACAAGUUUGAAGUUAUGA